GAUUGAACCGUUCGAAGGCCGUCAAUUUCCACAUUGACAGUCUGGAGGGUCGCCUUUAUCAGUCUCAAGAUGCAACGACAUUGUCAUUGACACUGCUGGGUAUCUACAAUGCAUCACAGCUUACCUGUACCAACGUCCAAUUGGCAGAAGAGAAUGACUUGCGCUUCCGAGUGCUCGGCUACCCAGUUGGCCGUCUAGAUCGGAUACAAAAUCUGUGUUAUUCUCCACCGGUUUUCUGGAGGCUGCCGGAGUCUCAACAUGUCUCCAAAUGGGAGUUGACUUACUCUCUGGACUAUGCUCAUCGACUUCAUACACUUGCCGGGGAAUUUGAAUUUAGUCUACGAAAUGGCGCUGGGAUUGACUGUGCGGCUGUUCGAAUCACUCCCGACAUUGGGACUGCUGCCUCGGCAGCCUUUACCUUUCUUCCAGCCGCCAUCAUCUUCCUAGUUGGAAUCGCUUCGUGGUUGAGGUACAACGAGCAGAGAAGACGCUCAGUUCCUGAGCAUGGAACCACAUUCGCCCCUCAAGAUUCAAUAAGAAAGGUUGUGAUCGAUGUGGCUGACUAUGUGCGGCACCUCCAGUUCAUCUUCCUGGCUGGCUGCCUCACGAUGGAAUAUCCCGGCUUCUACCAGCCUAUUGUCAGCCAACUGGCAUGGUCAUCGCUGUUAUAUUGGAGCGGACCCGUCGACCACGGCUUUACGUAUCCCGGGAUAGAAGACGGGAUUUAUACGACCAACGGUACUUAUGGACUGGAGUACAUGGCGCAGAAUCUCGGAUUUCCAACCAUGUUGGAUAUCAUGUUCGACGCUCUGAUAAAUCUGUGCAUUCUCGUAUCCGUGAUCGUGACCAUAAUGCUGGUGGUAUGGCUGAUCAAGUGUGGAUCGCGGCGUGGCGUAACAUUCGAUUCUGUCCCUGUGCAAAUCGCAGAAGCAAGCCGUAGCAUUGUUGGCGUCACGCUUCUGUUCUUCAGCCUUCCCCUCUUGGCGUAUCUGGCGUAUCAACUUAUGCUCGUUGGAUACCUUCCCAGCUACCGCAUUUGUCUAGUGGUUCUGAUGAUUGGGGUCCUCAUUGGCUCAAAUUGCUUCAUCGCUCGUUAUCAGACGAAACAGAAGCCGAGGAGAUCCCACGACUCUUCCCAGGCUUUCCCUCGGUUUCAGACUUCAAUAGAGCAUUUCGCUCACUAUCUUCUUUACGGCCUUCCACUGAUCCAAGGUCUAGCCAUCGGCGGGCUGCAGCUCUGGGGCUGGGCACAGCUGUUUCUGCUCGGCGGAUGCGAGGCGAUCGUUCUGGCCCAUCUCAUUCUUCAGCAUCGGAGAAGAAUUAUCUUUUUUCAAAGUGCCUGGUGUGCUGUUGUCCGCUUGUUGACGCUCAUCUUGAGUAUUGCCUUUGUGUGCCCGUCUAGCGAGCCAACAAGGCAAUGGAUAGGCUAUUUCAUCUUGGUUCUCCAUGGUGUGGUAGUCAUUUUCGGCUUUUUGUUCAUUCCGCUUUGGCAUAUAGCACGGCUUGCCAUUCAAGGACCCGGCAGUAGGAUUGCCCACAAUCAAUGGGCGUAUUCAAGUACAGCUCCGCAUUUGAAUCUAGGCGAGCUCUCAAGCCCAAGCGACAAACGCGGGAAACUAGACGGGAAAAAUCUAGAGGCCAACCCCUUUGACAGCGUCUCUGAUCGCUAUCAUCCAAGUUCCUCCCGCACAGCCUACAGAGGCUUUGAAAACAGUCUUUACAUCCCGAACUCUCCUACUUUGCCAGAAGCAACAGCGCCAUAUACACCAGACACUUCGACAUUCUACAGACCGCCACGAUCUCUCCAUGGCCGAGUCGCUUCCUAUGAGUAUGAGAAUCUCAACUCUGAUUCAUUCCCUUCGGCCAUCGAGUCAAUCGCCGAGUCGCCGCAGACAGAUUCCAACUCGUCGCAACAUUCAGGCGACGGCUUCGACGAGCUGUUACAGUUGCCGAGCAAGUCGGAUGUAGAUUAUUCGGUCCGUGAGUCGGAUAUGUAUUAUGGUCGGCGUCGUGGCGAUUCAAGGCCGUCACAAGAGCCAUUAACUGAAAGCACGGAGGGCCGGCCGAGUCGACAGAUAUUCUCUGAUUGGAAACGCAGGGCUGCGGAGCGGUUCAAAUAUAAGAAGACGACGGAGAAGGGUUUUCAAGUAACGAGGCCACCGCGGCCUAUGUAA